ACCCUGAACAACAAGAGUGUCACUCAACAAUUAUCUGACAACGUCGCUCUUGUACACAUAUAUAAUUCUGCCAUGAUGGUGAAUGUUCAGGAUAUAUGUGAAAAUAUGAGGCUGGCACGGGAAAUGGCCCUCACCAGUCAGUAUGAGACUGCAGCGGUAUAUUACCAAGGAGUUGUACAGCAAAUUCACCGCCUUCUUGCUACGAUCCAAGAACCCAAUCGUAAAAUAAAAUGGCAGCAGGUCCAACAGCAAGUUGCAGCAGAAUAUGAGAAUCUAAAAGAACUUAUGAACUGCAUAUCCUUAUUCAAGUCUGACAAUCCCUCAGCUCUCUGUGACAGACCUUUGGGCACUUCGCUGAGAAUGUCAUCAUUUGAAGAGCCAACCAGAGACCCAGACGUAUGGGGUCCCCCACCUGCUCGUGAUCCUGAUGUAUGGCCGCCACCUACUCCAGCUGAUCACAACAGAGUCACUCAGGUAAAGCCGACACGAGGACCGAGGAGGCAGGACUCUAGCAAGAACACAGCAACUAGUCGCACAGGAAAGCCGGGAGCCAAGAAAGGUGCUGAAACCAAGACUGCGAGAGGAAGAGAUGACAAGUCAAGUGAUCGCAAAGCAAAGAAAGAUGCAGACAAAAAGGAAGACAAGGGUGAAAAAGGUGAUAGCCGUGCUGAAGAUGAAGAGGAAAAGAAGUUUGAUCCCAGUGGAUAUGACAGAGAUUUAGUAGAAAUGCUCGAACGUGAUAUUGUACAGAAGAAUCCAAGCAUUCGUUGGAGUGAUAUUGCAGACCUACAGGAAGCUAAAAGGCUCUUGGAAGAAGCAGUGGUUUUGCCAAUGUUGAUGCCAGACUACUUUAAGGGUAUUCGUCGGCCCUGGAAAGGAGUUUUAAUGGUGGGUCCACCAGGCACGGGCAAGACCAUGCUUGCCAAGGCCGUAGCAACCGAGUGCCGCACCACCUUUUUUAACGUCUCCUCUUCCACCCUCACUUCGAAAUACAGAGGAGAAUCGGAGAAGCUCGUUAGACUCUUGUUUGAAAUGGCCAGAUUUUAUGCGCCCAGCACAAUAUUUGUCGAUGAAAUCGAUUCUCUUUGUUCUCGAAGGGGUUCAGAAUCUGAACAUGAAGCCUCAAGACGAGUCAAAUCUGAACUGCUCAUGCAGAUGGAUGGAAUCCAGUCAACAGAUUCUGAUGAGCCAAAAGUGGUUAUGGUUUUAGCUGCCACAAACUUUCCUUGGGACAUAGAUGAAGCUCUCAGGAGGCGCUUGGAGAAGAGGAUUUACAUACCACUGCCCAAUGAGGAAGGAAGAGUAGCCCUGCUGACCAUCAACCUGCGGGAGGUGAAGCUUGACGAGACAGUCAAUUUAAGUGAAAUCGCUAUGAUGCUGUCUGGGUAUUCAGGAGCUGACAUUACAAAUGUUUGCAGGGAUGCUUCUAUGAUGUCAAUGCGAAGAAAAAUAGCAGGACUUACGCCUGAUGAAAUUCGUGCUCUGCCGAAGGAAGAGUUGGACCUACCAGUUUCACAAACCGAUUUCCAUGACGCUAUUCAAAAGUGCAACAAGUCUGUCUCUCAGGAUGACUUGGAGAAAUAUGAGAAUUGGAUGCGAGAGUUUGGAGCUUCAUAAAGUUCCUAGUAAUUCAUCUUUGUUAAUGUUUAGUUGUUACACGUUUUUGUUGUCCAUUGUAUCUUUUUUUUUUUUUUUUUUUUUUUUUUUUACCAUUUAUAAUAUACAUUUUAAAGGAGCAUGCUUGAUCUCCCUUAUAAUGUAAUUAAAGAAAUGUUUCUUUGUAAUAAAGGUAUUGUCAACUCACUUUUUUCCUUAUACAUUAACCCUUAAACUGUCCAAACGUAGAUCUAUGUAA